AUGCAAUCGUAUGUGGCAGAAGUGGGUGAAAUAAUACGUGCAUAUAGAAGAGAUGAAGAGGAAAUUGAUGCUUUGCAGGAACGGAUCUCUCUGGUACUAUCAGAACUACUGGGACAAAGGCUAUGGAUGCGAUCUUAUCCUUAUUUA